CAUCUGGUCCCGCUUCUGUCGCAGUUCAUGUCCAGGGAACAGGAGGAGAGCUGUGCGCAUCCUGGGAGCCAUUAUCACUGGUUAAUAAACACACUAAGAAACAACAUAUGUCUGUCUCCUUGCAAGAAGAAAAGGCAGAUCUACUGAAAUCCAUGAGGCUGAUAAACAUUCCUGACCUUUAGAGUUAACCUUAGCCUAAAGCAGAUCAAUUUAACACCUUGAAGCAGAAACAGAGCUGUUGUUCUCCUUCACCAAAAACUGACAGUUACCUUCAGCUAUGAGAUUUUGCAACAGAAUUAAUUUCAAAACUUUGAUUUUCCUCAUGCUCCUGCAGGGGGCAGCAUUGUUGCUGUUCUGCAACUGGUACUACCAGCUUGGCUCAGCAGACUCUGCCCCUCCAGACCGUAAAGUUCACGUUUUGCUCCUUUCAUCAUGGCGAUCUGGUUCAUCCUUCAUGGGUCAAGUGUUCAGUCAGCACCCUUCAGUUUUCUAUCUCAUGGAGCCUGCAUGGCAUGUUUGGAGCCAAAUCAGAAAAUCUGGUUCAAGGACUCUACGAAUGGCUGUUAGGGAUCUAAUGCGGAGCUUGUACCAGUGUGACUUCUCUGUGAUGGAUGCCUACAUGUCAGAUAAGCGCAAAGCUUCCUCCUUUUUUUUGUGGUACCAGAGUCGGGCUCUGUGCUCGCCUCCUGUCUGUGGCCUCACACCAUUUGGUCAGAUAAGCAAUACGGAUCAGUGCCAAAAGGAAUGUAAUGGUCGACCUUUUGAGAUGGUGGAGAAAGCCUGCAAAAUCUACAGCCAUGUGGUCUUCAAAGAGACUCGAUUUUUUGAACUGGAAUCCCUUCACCCUCUUCUUAAAGACCCCAACCUUGAUCUUCGAAUUAUUCAUCUUAUCCGGGAUCCUCGGGCUGUGUAUCGGUCAAGAGAGCGGUCAGCCCUAGACCUCAAGAUGGAUAAUGCCAUCGUCUUGGAGCACAAAAGCGUAACAGCAGCGGAGGAAAAUUAUGAAGUCAUGCAAGAAAUCUGCCAAAGCCACAUCCGAAUCAAUCAAAGUGCCAAGAACCCUCCUCCGUUUCUAAGAGGUCGAUACAAACUGGUCCGUUAUGAAGACGUAACACGCAAUCCGCUUCAGGAGAUCCACGAUAUUUAUGAAUUUGUAGGUUUAGAGAUGACUGAUGAGAUGGCAGCUUGGAUAAAUAAUAUGACCCGGCCAAAAGGAAAAGUCAAGGUACAAAGUGCUUUCCAGAUUAACUCCAGAGAUGCUGUUCAAGUGUCCCAAGCUUGGCGCACAACGCUCCCCCACAACAAGGUCAAACGUGUUCAGGAGGUGUGUAAAGAAGCCAUGUCAUUGCUUCACUACAAGACAGUCGACAGUGAGAAAGAACAGAAGAGACUAGAUAUUGAUCUGUACAGGUUAGGAAAGCCAAAAGGGUUUGCUUGGGCCCUGCUAAUCCCCCAGAUAAAGGGAGCAAGUAAAACAUAUUAAGUCAUAACAAGAACAUAUGAACAUAGUAAAACACUGAUGCUGUAAUCAAUUCUUUGACAAAAACACCUUUCUCUGUUCAUUUCUUUAGAUCUAAGUGAUGAGUCAGAGAACAAAUGUAUUACAUGACAGUUCUUUUUUUAUUUGUAUGACAGUAUCGAAAAAAGUUAAAUGAAUGCAAUAGCCGGGAUACCAACAUAGAAGAUGAACUCGUCACAACUUUGCUUAAACUUACUGAAAACUUUAAGUAGAUUUUACAAAAGCUCAACUUAAUUUGGAAGGAAAAUUCUUUGCAACACAUGUUUAUUGUCUUGUCCUUAGUACAUGUUCAUGUAACCAUCCUAAGCAAUGUUAUGGAAGAGGAACAGGGGUGAGGUGAGUGAUUUCAUUGAAUUAAGGUGUUUGAUUGUGUUACAGAUCUAUAAGAACUGGUUCUGGAUCAAUUUGUCCAUUUUCUAAGUUGUGCCACUAUUGCCCCUUUGUAUUAUAUCAUACCUAUUAACAAAGCCGUGUACCUACACCAAGGUGCAUUUGGUAAUUUUCAGUAUGGUAUGUUUUUAAAAAUAAAUUUCUGUCCAUCAUCUACUUAUUCCGUCAGGGUAAACCCACACACCUAAGGGCAACUUAUAGAAGCCAAUUAACCGAACUGUCCGGUUUUAGACUGUGGAAGCAAGUGGAAGUGCCUGGACAGAAUCCAUGCAUGCACAGGUAGAACAUGCAGAAAGACCCUGGGCCAGGAAUUGAACCUUGAACCUUCUUGCUACAAGACAGCAGGGCUACAAAGCAAAAUGACAUUCCAAUAUCUUUAAAAAAUCCCAGCUGGAUUAUUGUAAGUCUCUUAACAGGCCCAAUCACUCUAUUCCCUCUUUAUCUUGCUCAAAAUGCAGCAAUGGAACUUUAACAAGAAAAAAUAAGCAAUGACACAUCACUGAGGUGAUGACCUCAUUCCACUGGCUCCUAUCUAUUUUGGGAUUAAUUAAGGAUUUUUUUUUUUAAUUUCUUUUAAGUUCCUUAUAGACCUUACACGUGUAAAAUUCUUCACUCUGCUGUACACUAAUCCCCAUCUUAUUCCCUCAUGUAAGCUGACUAGAUGCUAUUGGUGGUUCCUAAAUCUCAAAUCGAAUGGUAGUCUAGCGGUUUCUGUUGUGGCUCUAAAGCUCUGGAACCAGCAUUUGACUGGAAAUUUGAAAAAUGUAAGUAUGUUACCUUGCAGCAGGAAGGUCCCGGAUUAACUCAUGGCAUAGGGUGUUUUUGCACAGAGUUUGCCUGUUUUCCCAAUGUAUGCAUGGAUUCCCUAGGCAUACUCAGACCUGACCCGACAGUCCAACAACAUGAAUAUUAGGUCAAACUGUGACUCUAAAUUGGCCUUAGGUCUGAGUGUGUUCGUGCAUAGUUGUAUGCCUAUGUGUUGCCCUGCGAUGGACUGGUGACCUGUCAAGGGUGUACCCUGGCUUUGCCAAUAGACUGCUGGUUAUUCGUAUCAUCCAUCCAUCCAUCCAUCCAUCCAUCCAUCCAUCCAUAGGUUUGUGAUUUAAUUGUCUCAUGGCGAUUCCGUAUCUCUUAGAUAUUUUAAGCAUGACCGCUAACAGGGGAGGACAAAUAGGUCAAUUGUCCCAGGACAGAGGGGGGCCCAAAAUUGACACUUUGACCAUUUGAAAUACAGGCAGAGGUAAUUUUUCAGAAAACAUUCUUAUGAAAAUAUUUAUUAUUACAGUAAAUAAAUAUUCAUAUAUAUCUGCAUUAGGUAUAUGUAAUAUGUUAUCUUUAAAUAAGGGGCCGUUAGAACUCCCCCCACCCAACAUAAUAUGGUUUGACCAGGACAACGGUGGGCUGCAACUUUUAAAGUUGUUUCGCUGAAAAUUAAAAAUGUCAGGUUUUCAGGAGUCCAAUGCACAGAAAAAAAGAGAAAAAGUGAGAAUUGACACCAAAGGCUUGAGGGAUUUUAUGCUUAAAUUAAAAAAGGAACCGGAUGGACGAGUCAGGAAUAGGUACAGGAACAGAAAUGCAGAAGAAUGAUGCCCAUUCAGAGCCAAGAAAGAAGCAAUACGUAUAUCAAUGUGAUUUUAAAGUUUAGCAUCCACUAGCUAGUGUGUGGGAGGAAAAACACCUUUUCUUUAACAGAAAUCCUUGAGCUUGAGCUUAGCCCCAAAAGAGCAGAAAAAUGGCAGAAGACUGUUGUCCCGGGCCCUAGCAAAGCUGCAAGCUGGCCUGAUUUUAAGUCUCCAGUCUCUACUUUUAUAGAGGUUAUUUUAUUUUUUUUCCAUUUGUGUCAAAAAUAAGCAGAUGUAAAA